UCCUACACACACAGAAUAACACCCACGUCCACAACGCUACAAGAUUUUCAAACCCUAAUCUUCACAUUCCCUCUCUCUAAAAAAAGUUUCUCUCUCUAACUUCCAUACAAACGCACACUUACCGGAGCUGAUUAUCUCACAAUCGCCAGAAAACUCAAAAGUGCCAUGAAUCUCACAACUUACUAUUUGCAGCAGUGAUUUAAUCGUACGGCACGAGUGUACUCCAUCAGUUCAAUCUACAGUCAAAAAUUGAUUCUCGAUCUCCGUCAAAUCCUCCAGAUCUGUUAACAUCUUACCGGAAUCACGUUAAACGGUGAAUGUUGCCGUUUAAAAUCGACGUCACCGGUUAAACGUAGAUCUAUUUCAAUUUCUGGAAGUUUCUAUUGAAUAUCGUCGUCUCUGGUGUAAUCGGUAGUUAGAUGACGUCAGCACGAUCAUCUACUCAGCAUUUUGCAUUGGCAAUGGCGGCAAUUUCUGCAUUAAUUCUCAUGAUUUUAAUGAUUGCGUUCUUUUCAGGCGUAACGCAAUUUGGACGUACAACUGUCAAUGCAGAGCGUACAAUCCUCAAAAGCACUGAACCUUUUGGUCACAACCGCAGGCUUCUUCUUCAUCGUGACGCAGCUGGACAAGUAAUGGUGCAGCCGAACAGAAUUUGGGGGGACAGAUGUUCAAAAGCCGACAUUGUGAUCAACCAGGGCCCCACUUCGCCUCUGCCGAAUGGCAUCCCUACUUACACGGUGGAGAUCAUGAACGUUUGCGCAACUGGCGGUGACAUAUCCGGUAUCCACGUGUCUUGUGGAUGGUUCAGCUCUGCUCGCCUCAUCAACCCGCGCCUUUUUAAACGUCUUCGUUAUAAUGACUGCCUUGUUAACGAUGGCAAGCCGUUGAUUAAUGGUCAUACGAUAUCUUUUCAGUAUGCCAAUACCUUCGCUUACCCUCUUUCCAUUUCCUCGGUCGUCUGCUGAUCAUAUGGCUAAUCUGGACAACGAUUAAUCCACGUAUAGAAAGAGAGAUAUGCAUUAGUCAUUUUUGUUUGGGGAAUUGCAUUUUAUGCCCUUCGGUUAUGAGUCCGGUUUCCAUAAAGCAUCAUAUGGUUUCUUAGAAUUUAUAAUUUAAGAUGCCGGAUUGGUGCUAUUUAGAUUUUAAAAAGUGUUGGAUUUAGUGUUCAGGAUGAAACUGGACUUCAAUUAGAAGGGCUGAAAAUGCAAUUUUUUAAUUCUUCUAGACAUAUGUAAAUGGGAUGAUUAGAGCUGAAAGAAACACUGAUGAGAGUGCCUUGUUAUGUAAAGUUAGCUGUUAGCUUUCUAAUUUCAUAUUAAUGGAAUUUAAACUUUCUUAUAUUGAUGAA